AACAACAACAAAAGAAGGAGCAGUCGGGGGACGGAGGAAGAAAGACACGGACUGAAGGACAAAAUAAGCUGAGCCGGACUGUGUCAUAUUAAUUUUUAUAUUUUAUUUCUUCCGGGAAGAAGCUCAAGUUUUUCUAUUUUCCGAAAAGUAACGAAUCUACCUCAUUUUUGAAGGAUUUUAAUCACGGUUUGCGCUCGGCGACUUCCUCUGCUCCUCUGCCGCAGGGCUGUAUUUCUACGUUUGCACUCUAACCGACCCUGACGUUGAGCGAUGUCCCUCCUGCUCCUGCUGGCUCUCAGAUGAUCCAUGACCACACCUUAUUGAUGCACUUUAGCACCUUUCCGGAGCGUUCCUCCUGCCGCGAACCCCGCAGCUGAUGACCAAAGCGCCGUCCACGCUCCCCCGCCGUCGCCACGAGCCUCGCGCCCCCCUGAGCCCCUCCCCCGUCGGCCUAACGCCCCCGCAGGACCCCGCAGGAUGUUCCAGAGGUUCGCCAGCGCUCUGUUCGGGGAUGACGUCGAAGAGCUGAGCCGACCUGGAGGAGGCAAAGAAGAGGAGGAGGAGGAGGAUGAAGACUGGAUCCUGGUCAACUAUCUGACCGAGGCCUGUUCUGGAUCCGGGUCCACGGUGAGUCCAGCGGAGGAGGAGGUAGAGGAGGAGGAUGAAGACCUGGUGGUCAUCCCCUCCCCCGUGGCGGGCCCUCGGAUCCGUUACGCCUCCUGCACCUCCUUGAACUCCACGGCCGACACCGACCUGGAUGGAGGCGCUGAGGAGGAGGAGGAUGAAGAGGAGGCGAGCGGCUUCCUCCGUCUGGACGCCGGGUCUCUGGAGGAGAGCUGGUUCGUCACCCCCCCUCCCUGCUUUACCGGCCGCAGCAUCAAGCCCCUCCCCCUGGAGCCCAACCCUUUGGAGAACCUGCUGAUCGAACACCCCAGCAUGUCCGUGUACGCCUACCACGACCCCCCCCGGAUCAGCCACGAGCCCCUCCCUCAGACGUUGGACCUGGACCUCAGUCUCUUGUCCAGUAACGUGUCCCCCGCCUCCACAGCCUCAGGGGCCAAGAAGAAGUGCCGAUGUGGGCUGGAUGGCCCCCGUCACAGGCCAGAAGUGGCGGUGGUCCAACGUCGCACCAGCCUCCACACCGCCUGCUACGCAGCAGCGGCGGCGCUCUCCGCCCGUUCCAACCUCCUGCAGCAGCGGACAGGUAACGUGACCCAGCGUGCCAAGCCGCUGUCCCGCAACGCCCUGCGACGCCUCAACCUGCGGCGCCCCCCGAAGGCCAGCACCCUGAACCUGCACCAGCCGAGCCAGAGACACCUCAACUUCUGAGGAGCCUUCAUCACCAUCACCAUCAUCUCCUGAUCUGUUCUUAAAUCUGAUUGGCUGCUGGAUCAGGGAAGGUUUUCAUUACCAGCUCAUCUGGCCUCCAUCAUCUAUCCUUCAUUUCAGCGCUGAUGUGAAAACAGAAAAGGUCAUCCUCACGAAACCCCGCCCCCUUCUCCUUCAUCCUAUCACCUUCACUGGUUCCCUCCUCUGAUGUCCAAUCACAAAGAGGAUUUCCUCACCUCGUCACCUUCUUCUUUACGGACAACAUAAUGUGUAGAAUCAAUGCUGUAGGUCACUUUAUUCAGGGGCUGGUUCAAGAUGCCGGCAGCAAGACGGCCAGGUGAUAUCAUAGUGAUGUCAUAGUGAUGUCAUCGCAUGCUGUUUGGUGAUGUCACAGUAUUUGACGUCAGAGAAACACGACACAAAGCUGUCACUGUGUCCAGGAUUUAAAAUGAAAAUCCCCUUAAAGCCAAGCAGAACUGGUUUAAAUUCUGCUGAGUUCCUACAUUUCCCAGAAUGCCUUUCAACAGUAAUAAGGGAUAUUUCACCGCUUCUCAGCCUAGGUUUGGAUACAACACAUUUAUAGCAGGUCUUAAAAAUCACUGUGUGCGGUGGCGUUUCCAGAAGUAGGUUUUUAGCACAACGGGAGUAUCAUGCAGUGUAGAUGCAUCAUGGGAAAUGUAGUAUUCAGUGAUUGUGGGAGUUUUAUCAGUGUCAGCUAGUGAAUAUCUGGAUAUAUCUGCCACUGCUGCUUCGACUUUAGACGUUUUUUCUUGUUGUCGUCUGUCUCGUGUGAGUUCAUCAAAUUUAUUCAAGUGCAAUAAUAGAUCAUUUAAACAUUUGGUGAGUUUGCUGCAGCAGGAGCAGUCGGUUUAUGGUUCAAGUCUACACGCCUGUAUGUACGUUAAAUGCGAACAUAAACAGUUAGAAGCUUUUUGGCGCAAGUGGAGUUACUGUAACUGGAAACUGAGAGACAGAUCAGAGGGUUUUCACAGAAUCUCAACUGUCGCUGCUUUUACAUUUUCGGUUUGUGUUGGAUCAGAAAACACAGUUUGGUUUAUUCUCUGUUAUUGUUUCGCUCUCCUGACCAAGACAUGACAACAGACAUUAGGGCUGCAGCUUCACAUUCAUUUCAGUUAAUAUUAUUAUUUAUUAAUCAUUUUUAUUUAACUCUUCUGGAUAUUUCUAUUUAAUCCUGAAAAGCAUAAACUAUUGCUUUUAUAGAUUAUCAAAGUAGUUCUGCAUUUUUUUCUCUUUGUCUUUUCCUAUUAAUAGUAGAUAUUGUAGUAGCCCCUUUCUACUACUUCUGUUUUUACUUUUCUAUUACAAAGAUGAGUGGUAGAAGUAGUUAUAGAAGAAAAGUGCUAUUUUGUUUUCACAUCACAUCACAGUUAUACAUGAUGAAAAUAGCGUAAGAUUAUCAAAAAAGUAGUACUGCUUAAGUAUUAAUUUCAUCAUUUAUUCUAGAAAUGUAGCCACUUUGUCACAUUUUAAAAACCUUUUAAAACUUAAAUCUUGUCAUUUUUUUUUCUCAUCACUGAAAUUGAUUAUCUUUAUUGUUGCAGUUCUAAUGAUUAUCUGAAACCAUUAAUACUUGAAACUAGUGAGUAUAGUAGCCUGUUUCCACAACUUUUUUCUAUUAUUUCUACUUCUUAUCACCUGUUGAAAAAGACAGCUUAAAGAACCAACAGCAGUAAAGUACUGUUUUCUUUUUUCUUCAGAAAGUUUUGCAUUUAAAUAAUAAAUCAUCUCAUUUUUACUGACUUUUUCAGUUUGUUGUUGCAGCUCUAAUGGACGUCAUCCCAUGAAAAACACUGAUAAUUUCCAAAUCACAGUUCAUGCAUUUAAAGGGGAUUUUCUGUUUAAUUUCCUAAAAUUGUUAUUAAAAGUGACUUCUCAUCCUCGUCCGUCCUGUCAUCGACUGAACCUGCCUCUGACAUUGUAAUUCAGUACUUUUCACAAUAUUUUUUCUUGUUGAAAAAUGAAAAAAAAAAAAGUUAAAAAAUACUGGGUUUAAUAUCACUAAACGCCUUGUUUUAACGGUAGCUUUGAGAUGAAUAGAAGUGUAAAAAAAAAAAAAAAAAAGAUAAAAAAAAAUGUUAGAAAAAAAAAAACUUCCAAAAUAUUUUUUUGAAAAGACAAAAACAGAUUACAUAUCAGUAUGAAGUCGGUAUAUCUGCGUCUCUGGUUUCUUGCUUAGGUAUGUUUGGUCGUGUUUGUGUGCAGUCUGUUGUGUUGCAUGGUUGUAGAGUUUGUGUUACGACUGUGGGGAAAAAACGAAAAUGGAAAAAGACUUUUUUUUUGCUUUUCUUUUUGCUGUUUUUAUUUUGUGUUUGAUUAAAUCUGCAGUCCACUUCUCAGGGUCACAACCAAUCACCUUUACACUUUAGGAAAAUGCAGAUUUACUUGACGGCUGAUACGUUUUUUUUUUAUUUUUAAUUUUCCCUGGUGAAAAUGUUUAUGAGAAAAAACAGACUUGUAGUUUUAGUUUAGAAACAGGAAUCCAUCGAGACGGAGAGAAACUGUUGGUAUGCUUCAGCGAUUGUUCAUAUUUUGUGGAUUUUAUGCUUUUUAUUAACUUCUAUUUUUUCCUUGAUAACUUUAGUUACAUUUUGUUAAGCUGUUAAAAUAUUUAAACCAAAAAAGUAGCAGUGAUCUUUAACGUUUCACUAGUGGAUAAUACGGAUGUUCUUUAACUCGUUGUUGAAUAUUUGACUGUUUGUUAAUACGUCUUGGCUUUGAAAUCGUGAACUGAAUGAUGCUUAAUGUGGAAAAUAAAAGGCAGAGAUGGAGCUGAGUCACCGCACUGCAGAAAAUAAACCGAAAUAAGUGACUGAACGUACGGAAGCCCAUUUGUGCCAGGAAAACAAAUUUAACCAGAAAUCCAAUAAACACGGCAAGUUUUAAGUGUUAAUUACGAUAAAGUGGUUUAAAAAGGGGGAAAGAAAUGCUGCUUGAGUCUGGAAAUUCCACAUUUCUGCACAUUUCUACCUUAAAACCCGCAACAUAUCAGUAAAAAUAUAAUUUAACCAUUAAAAACAAAACCACAAGUAUUUUUUUAUAUUAUUUUUUGUCUUAAAAUCCUUUAAUAUACCUAUUUUGAUGAUUGUUUGUGAUUUAGUUUAAAAUGUGUAUGUUAUAAUAAUAAUAAUAAUUUAGAUUUCCCUCUUAAAUAUAAUGACACAUUUUUACGAAAAGAUUUUAACUUUUGGAUGAUAUUCCACAAUUUAGACUUUUUCUCUUAUUGUUUUGUUUUUCCUUUAGUGUUUUUGGUAUUAACUGUUAUUAGACCUUUUUUUUUAAUGAACAUUUUCUUAUUCCUGUUUUUUUCUUUUUUUUUAUGUUUAAUAGUUUUUACUUCCUGGCAUUAAUUGGCUCCCAUACUCAAUUGUAACUAUUCAGAAAAAGUGUGUAAAAUCUGCUGGAAAGAAAAGCAACCAGUUAUUUAACUUUUUAUAACACUGUUAAAUGCCUGUUUAUCAAAAUAGAUCAGGUUGAUAUUUAUAAGUUCAUAUAUUCUAUAUUCCGAAGAAAAACUGUUCAUCUAAAGGAUAAAUCUGGUGAUUUUCUAUACAUUUUUCCUCGUGUUUUCUAUAGACGGAGCAAGGAGGAUGAGUGCUGUGUUUUAAUAAAUCCGGUAUAAAUACAAAAAUAAUACAAAUUUAUUUCCUUAGAUUUGAUGACAGUAACAAAACCGGAAAAAAAUCACCAGACUUGUCUUUCAAGGGUUAUGUUUUGGUAAAUCAACAUUUAGGGAUGUAACAGUACAAAAGUCAGUUUGGUUUGAGAAGGCAAAAAAAGUGUUUCCAAAAACAUCGAUAAAUGCCAUAAAAGUAGGAAAACUGAACUUUUUCCACAGCUAAACUGAAACAAAUCACACUUAUUUGUCAAACUCCAUAUUAAAUAAAUCACCAAACUGUAACAUGGGAUAAAUAAAUGUACCGUUACACUCCUAUUAAACAACAAAUCCAGGACUAUUAAAGUCUGUGCUUAACUUUGGGAUACUUUCUGAUCUGUGCAGUAAAAACACACUAAGAAAGAUGAGAUUCUAGCGAUGGAGACUGUUUGCAGUGUGGUUUCUAUGGGAUGAAUGUGACGUUUUAAGUCUAAACUGAAAAAGAGGUUGAAACUCAGUGUUUGACAGCGUGAAAUCUAAUUUAAAAAAAAAAAGGUUUUUACUGAAAAAUGUUGAAUCUCUACUAACGUUACUUCUUCUGUAUUUGAGUUUAUCGUCUGUCUGAUGAGUAAACGCUCUGAAACAGUGGAACUAUGUACAGACUGACGAGAAAUCUUAAAAAAUGCCAAUGUAUGGAAGCCCAUUUAUGCCGGGAAUAGAAACAAAAUGGUAGAAACGCAACAAACAUGGAGAAUAUCAAGUGUUAAUUAGUGCAUAAUGUUUCAUUAGUGGGUCAGUUAAUUAAAAAGACGAAAUAAAUAGUGCGGGUCAGUUUUCUGUAUGUUUAUGUCUUCAGCCUUAUGACAUAUAAUAAUAAUAUUAGUCAGAUAUAUUUAUAACCCAUAGUAUUUGAUAUCAUUUCAUGUCUUAAUCGCUUAAAAAUGCAUGUGUUGACUCAUGUUAAAUCUGUAUAUGGUAGGAUUUUAACUCAACAUUUUUACUAACAUUUUCUUUAGAUAUCCCACUAUUAAAUUUUUUUUUACCUGUUUUCUUCUUAGUAGCUAAUACUAUUCUUCUUUUUCUCUUGUGGUUGUUUUUUUUAAUCAGGUAUUAUUUUAUUUUAUUUCCUGGCAUUAAUUGGCUUCCGUACGAAAUCUCAACUAUUGAGAAAAUGCGUUAAAAAUAACCAAUAAUUAAAGUUUCUAUAAUGCAGUAGAAUGGUUUUUGAUCAGAUUAUAUUUAUAGGUGAAUAUUUUGUAUAUUCUUAAAAAAAAAAAAACUGUUAGUUUUUAGGAUAAAUGCAGUGAUUUGAUGCUUUUAUAUCGCAGUUUCUUAUGAUUUUUGGCGCCAUUUUCUCUCUACUUGUAACAUUUUAAUAUUUUCCAGCUUCAGAACUCUUUUUUUUCAUUAGAUUUUAUGUUUUCAGACACAGAGUUUCACCUUUUGUGGAUUACUAUUCCUCCCGUAGGUUUCAGUUUGUCUCUGUAGUUGUGAUGAUGUGACAGUAGCAUUAAUAAGGAAGCACUAAUAGGCGUUUUGUUAGGUUGUUAUGGUCCGCUGUAAAUAAUUGUAACGCGAGUGGAGUGCUUCUCUGGUGUAUUUAAGCUUUUCUGUUAUUUCUUGAAUGUGUCUCAAGCUUUGCAAUCACGGACGAUGAUGUUAUUUUGUCGAAACCUUACGGACAGAAGGGAUCGGAGGAGCUUCGUCUCCUCGUCGCUGUCAGGAGCCUUUGUUAUUAUUAUGUUUAUUAUUGUUAUUAUUGAUGUUGUUUAUUAUUUUCUGCUCUCAGCUCAUCUCUCCAUCAUCAAACUAACAGGGAUUUGUAAUGUUUUUGUUCAAUGCCUUGAAAUUUGUGGAUCACGUGCCUUCCAGGUUGAAAUGUUGUAACGACAAUGCAUCGAUGAAGAACUUGAACUCUCUUUGUUUUUUUUAAUAAGACAAACAAAUAGACGUCACAAAUCAACUAUGCACCACUCGGAGGAACGCUCUUUCUCCUCGUAUUUCGUCGCCGCCCAGCCAACCAGCGUCCAGAUUUUCUAGUGACUCAACAAACCAGACAGAAUAAUGUAGCAAAACCUUUUUUUUUUCCUUCUAUUGUUUAUUUUACAAAAACAAAGUGUGAAGAAUAUUAUUUUGUGGCAUUUUUACUUUUCACCAAGUGUUAGACAUUGUGCUUUUUUUUUGGUGUAGUUUACUGGAAUAAUACAGCACUUUGCCAAAAAAAAAAAAAAAAAAUGUAAAAAAAAAAAAAAAGUGUAGAAAUUUUAGGGUUAACCUUUUAUUUAUCUACAUAACUGGUCUCAUUUGUACUUUUUGGUUUGCGUGACAGAUCAAUGCUUUCAGUUCUGAUGUCAGAAAAAUGCUAAUUAAUGCGGGGUCAUCUGUUUUCCAACUGUUAAUACAUGUGAUCUCUUAUUAGCCGACAAUAAUAAAUGUUUUACUACACA